CAAAGCAGCUGUAUUGAGGCUGGGGGGGAGAGGAAGAGGAAGAAGCCAGCCACCACCAGCAGCCGAGCUCACCGGACCGGUGCGAUGGACCUUCGUGACGACGUUGACACGGGGGAGACCGAGAGACACGGCGCUCUCUUCUACUUGCCCAUUCCAGACGCGUCCCCGGUUAAGAACGAACAAGAAAAGCUAUCGGGGGUGGUGAAAAACGUCCACAGAAAGCUCCGCAGGAAAUACCGAGAAGUGGGCGACUUCGACAAAAUCUGGCGCGAGCACUGCGAGGAUGAGCAAACGCUGAGCGAGUACGCCGUCGCCAUGAAGAACCUCGCCGACAACCAUUGGGCCGUCAACUGCGAAAAGGAAGGACGCAUCGAUUGGUGUCACAGUGUUUGCCAGGAGUAUUUCCGGGAUGGCGGCAUGAAAAGAAUGUUGGAGAAGGAUGAGAAAAGUGCCUCUUUCUCCGCCGGUCUGACUGAAGCGUCUGCGAGUGGGCGGCCAUCUUCUUCGAUCCAACGUCCAGGUGCUCACAUGGGGAAAAUCCGCCUCCUGGACGUGGGAAGCUGCUUUAACCCUUUCAAGAAGUUUGACGAGUUCCUCACCGUCGGUAUCGACAUCGUGCCUGCGGUCGAGAGCGUGUACAAGUGCGAUUUCCUCAACCUUCAGCUGCAGCGGCCCCUCCAGCUGACGGGCGACGCCGUGGAGGCUUUCCUGCGCCACCUGCACAACCCCAUCGACGCCCUGCCGGGGCAGCUCUUCCACGUGGUGGUCUUCUCCCUGCUCCUCUCCUACUUCCCGUCGCCCUACCAGCGCUGGAUCUGCUGCAAGAAAGCCCACGAGCUGCUGGACCUGCACGGCCUGCUGCUCAUCAUCACGCCCGACUCCUCGCACCAGAACCGCCACGCCCUCAUGAUGCGCAGCUGGCGCGUGGCGGUGGAGUCGCUGGGCUUCAAGCGCUACAAGACUUCCACCCCAGCGAGGAGGACGAGGGCGGCGAGGCGCAGGCCCGCUCCGACUUUGAGGACGACCAGCUGGCUUGGGCCUUCGCCGAGCUGCCCGACACCUGCGACUCGGAUUCCGGGGAGAGCCAGAGCGGCUCGGUGCCUGGCUUCCAGGAGCUGGAGGACCCCAUCCUGCUCCAGACCUAGACCGGCGCCGCCCCCGGCCCGGCUCUUCUCCCUUCUCUCUCCGUUCUACUGCUGCGCUGCCAAACGUAAACCUGCUGCAUUCUCCUCGCCCUCCCUCUCCUCCAGACGACUUGCACAGUGUGAAAGAGAAGACGUUUACACACUAUUUUUCUCAGAACACUCUCGCUCGACGUAUAUUUUGAUAGAUCGACAGACUUUUUCUAAGAGUUGGAAAGUGAGCGCCCCUCAUCUAUCAACGCUUCCUGCUUUUUGACGUCCAGCAUAUCAUCUCCCGCUGUGUCUGCAUGCUGAUGAAGAGCGUGUGUGCUAACAAGACCCCCCCCACACACACACACACCACCCGCCCCUUAAAAAAAGAUAACUUGAGCGGCGUGAUGGUUGGUGAUUGCAUUGAAGAGACUGAACAAGUGGGCUCGCUUGAAAAUGUUAAGCGCACUCUUUUCAAAGACAUUGAUGUUGUCCAAUGUUGCAUUUAAAAAAAAAAAUCCUUCACAAUUUAUGCAUCCUUAACAACAAUGUGGUAUUUGUAGCAUUUUAGGAUCAUCUAACUGGAGUAUUCUACUAAUGUGACUUAAGUGUAUCACAAGGUACUAAUGUUUCAAAGUUGUCAUUUUUUUUGGGUGGGGGAAACCCCUUUAUUGCUUAUCCUUGUCUUAAUAGUUGUUUUCAAGCAGACAAACGAUACAAAUAUGUCGCUGCCAAACAGACUUGGUGGAAACAGUAACUUUUCCAUAUGACGCGUCCUGGUCUGAAAACCAUGGGUGAGCAACCGACGACCCCCUGAGAGCGUUUCAUCCGGCCAGCCACGUGAUUUCAAAAACAAAAUCGAGGCACAAUUAAUGCACAAGUGAUGGAUCAAAUGUCAACACAAAAGGUUGCCCACCCCUGGCGCGUAAAACAUUGGAUGUACUGAAGACUGAAAAUUCACCAGAACUGAAAAUGUUUGCACUAGUUGGCCCUCUGCAACAAGCGUAUGGUGAUUUUUUUUUUUUUUUUUUUUUUUUUUUUUUUUUUUUUAAAUCAAAGCAAUAGAUGCUGCUGAGGUUUUUAAGCUACCAGCUGAGAGUGGCCUUUGUUGGGUUUGCGCGUGUGAAUGACGGCGUACUGGCACUUUAUCUCACUGAUCCCAAAGGGCGUUGCAAAUUGACCUAUUUUCUUACGAUGACCAGCAAGACGAGAAAGCGGCACGUCCGGAGGUGCCUUUAGAGAACCCCCCUUGCCCCCCCAAACCACUCCACCCUCCCUUACAGAUGUCACAGUUCAACAGCACACAAAGGUUAUUCUUGUCGUAUAAUUCAUGUUCAUAUCGCUUUUGUUUCAAUAGAGCAUCACUCGCAGUCAGUGGUAUUGUUAUGGAGUGGUGCAGUAGUCUUCCAGUGUUUCCCUGAGACUCAUUUGCAUG